AUGUCCAACCGAACCACCGUGACUGAGUUCCUUCUCCUGGAAUUCUCUGACAUCCGGGAGCUGCAGAUUUUAAACUUCAUGGUGUUUCUAGUGAUUUACCUGGCAGCCCUGGUGGGGAAUCUUCUCAUCAUCACAGUUGUUCUCCUCGACCACCAUCUUCACACCCCCAUGUUCUUCUUCCUGAUGAAUUUGUCCAUCCUAGACAUCGGCUCCAUCUCUGUCACUGUCCCCAAAUCCAUGGCCAAUUCCCUCAUGAACAUCAGGUCAAUUUCUUAUUCUGGAUGUGUUGCCCAAGUUUUUCUCUUUGUCUUUUUUGUUUCAGCGGAUCUUGCUUUAUUGACUGUCAUGGCGUAUGACCGAUACAUCGCCAUCUACCAACCCCUGCACUAUGAGAGAGUGAUGAACAGAAGAGCUUGUAUCCAAAUGGCAGCUGGUGUCUGGAUCAGUGUUUUUCUCUACUCUGCACUCCACACUGGGAUCACGUUUGCAAUAACCUUCUGUGGAGGCAAUAUGGUGAAUCAGUUCUUCUGUGAAAUCCCCCGGCUCCUCAAGCUCGCCUGCUCGGACACAUACCUCAGUGAAACUGGGGCUGUUGCCUUUAGUGUGUGCUUAGCCUCAAGCUGCUUUGUUUUAAUAAUUGUGUCAUAUGUUCACAUCUUUACCAUGGUGCUGAGAAUCCCCUCUGAGCAGGGCCGGCAUAAAGCCUUCUCCACCUGCCUCCCUCACCUCACCGUGGUGUCCUUGUUCUUUUGCACUGCUAACUUUGCCUACAGUCAUCCCACCUCCAGCUCAACUUCAGGUCUGGAUCUCGUGAUGGCUGUUCUCUAUUCCGUGCUGCCAGCAGUGAUGAAUCCGAUCAUCUACAGCAUAAGGAACAAGGAGAUCAAAGCUGCAUUGAGGAAACUGAUUGCGUGGAGGUUAUUCACCAAAAAUAAACUGUCCAUGUUUUCACUUUGA